UUCUCCGAAGUCUGACCAUGAACAAGGGAAUGUCGAACAGUGGGCCUGCAGCCAGUCAGUGGGCCCCGGAGGACAGCCGAUCGAGAUGGGGUUGUCUCCCAUUCGGAUGGCUGUUCAGAAGCGCAUCGAACAAACAGAAGUUCGGUCGAGUCCUGCCAAAAAGUCAAACGUUUGUGUCUACUUCGAAAAAGGACAUUCGCUCGCAGGAAUAUGUUGUGCGAUCGUUGUCAGCAAAUGACGUUCCCAUGUCGGAUAUGGCCGUCGCCAAUCUGUGCCAGCUCUGCCUCUGUGUCGUCAGUUUGAAACAAUGCAUGCGACUAGAGCCCUGCGCGCAUUCGUUUUGCAUAGAGUGUCUACAACAACACGUCGCCGUCAAUGUUCAAGACGGCCGUGCCACGAUUCCGUGCCCGCACGCAAACUGUGAUAUGAAUCUUCGAGAGUCGCACGUUCGUCGUCUCCUCAAAGACCAACCCCAACUCGUCGAGCGAUGGGCCAUCCUAUCGCUGAACCAGCAAGUUGCCCGCGAUCCUCUGCGUAUGUUCUGCCCAGGUCCAGCCUGCGGGAAUAUAUGCCAACUCCCGGAGCCAGCUACGGAUCCUUACGGACUCCAAUGUUCAAAAUGUGAAUAUACGUUCUGCGCCGUCUGUCAAGACACCUGGCAUCCCCUCAAAGACUGUGAUGAAACAACCGUCCUCCAGAAUGUGCUGCAAGACCUAACAGGCAUCAAACGAUGUCCACACUGCAGUGUCCUGAUCGAGCGAGAAGAUGGCUGCGCUCAGAUGCUGUGCAAAAACUGUCGUCACGUAUUCUGCUGGUUCUGUUUGGCAUCGUUGGACGACGACUUCCUACUGCGACACUACGAUCAGGGACCGUGUAGGAACAAAUUAGGUCAUUCAAGGGCUUCGGUCAUGUGGCAUCGGACGCAGGUUCUUGGGAUAUUCGCUGGUUUCGGUUUCCUAGUCCUUCUAGCCUCGCCGCUCCUCAUCCUGGCCGUCCCGUGCAUACUCGGAGGCAAAUGCGGCUUCAAAGGAUCGUGCUUCUCCUGUACCGUAUUGACGACAGACGAGUCGGAUACUGCGAAUAAGCCACCGGCUUCGGUGUAA